CAUUGAUCAACAACCUCUUCUUUCUUCCUCGGUCGAUGCGACCAGUUAUCCUUCCACAUCUCAAAUCGCUCUCGCCAACCCUUUCAACAGGUCAACUCGGCCGAGAUCGACCAUAAUGUUCAACAAUGGCGCGAUCUCCGAUCUCGUCACCGUUCGUCCGACGAGGACAAUCUACGAGCGCAUCCUUGCCAUGGUCAAUAGAGAGACUUUCGAACCAAUGUUGCAGAAACCAGACGUAGGUGAUACAGAGUUGUCUAUUUAUCGAGGAUCUUUUCUAACAACAGCUUGCAGGUAACGCACGAACGAUCAGAGGCUGAUGGCGAAGGCAAUCAAGGCCCGUGGCCCAAAUAUCAGAAAUGCGCGCGAGCACUUUGUUGGGGACUCGGCAGAUCGUGAGGUGGCUCAUGAGGACAAGGUUCCUCACAAAAAAAUCCUUUUCUUCGCUGCCAGAGAGAAGCUUCAGAAGCUGCAGUGCGGGAAUGCAUAGCCAUCCGCCACGAAACCAACACAGCCACCUUCAAGUCAUUGAGAGCCUCACUCAUUGCAAUCAGCCGAGACAGCCAAUACAAGUUGUUGAUAGGAAUAUGGAAGGCCAGGGUGCCAGAAGAGUUGUAUUCAGAUGACUAGGGAGGUAAUAACUAUGGGCAGGAGCCUGGCUUAUAUAGCCCUGGCAUAUGCCCCUCCUUUGUGUUCCAUUUCAUCCAUGCAUGCAGGUUCCGUGCGGUGGAAACCACUGGUCAGUAUAAUCCUGACAACACAAGUCAACGAAAGUAUUGCGCAGAUGGGUACUAGCAAUCAUCAAGAAGGUGGAGGCCAAGUCAAAACCACGUUUUUUCAGAAUCAUCACAACGCAACAACGUCGAGCUCUGUUUGGAGCGAUCUUUGAUCGCCACCCGAUCUGGAUUACAGUACGUCAAAACUCAAGGAGCGCGAGAGUACCGUCGUGGACUUUGGAGCAAUAUCAGUUUUUGUGGUUUGUCAUGCGAAGUAACCUGCUAACCCCCUCAGCUGGGCUUUAGAAACUGAACAGACAUUAAAAUUGCGUCGGUUCUAUCGCAGUAUGUUCAUCGAUAACAUGGAUCACGUCUACCACUACAGAGUAUUUGCGGGGGAUUACAAAAAGGUGGUUUUCAGAUCAUGGAAGCUCUGGGCUAAGCAGGACAAGGUUACCCAGUUGAAUUUGGGCCACGCAUUUAACUUACCCGGUGUUCUCUGCGGUGUGAUGCAGGAGGGGGGGGGGAGAGAGAGAGGAGAUGUGGAGCUAUGCUGAUGACCUGAUGGCUGAGCCAGGCGCGUGGGUUACACCUGCUUAGCAAGUUUGACUUUUCUUCGUGAAUAUUUGAGAGAUUCAUAUUAGCGGGGGUAUUGACAUUUGUUUAUUCAACUAUUCC